UUUGCAGGCGCAAGGAAAACGGAAGGGAAAUCGUUCCGCGACGAAGACGAUGGGAAAUGCGUUUUGCAUAUGCUGUGGCUGCGUCGAUCAAGCCAGCGUCGGGGUGGUCGAGCGCUGGGGCCGUUUUGAGAGGCUGGCGGAGCCCGGUCUCCACUUCUUUAACCCCUUUGCCGGUCAGUUCCUCGCCGGCAUCCUCUCCACCAGAAUCUGCUCUCUCGACGCGGAAAUUGAAACCAAAACCAAGGAUAAUGUUUUUGUGAAACUGCUUUGCUCAAUUCAAUACCGGGUAGUAAGACAAAAUGCGGAUGAUGCAUUUUACGAGUUGCAAAACCCCAAGGAGCAGAUCCAGGCUUAUGUGUUUGAUGUGGUUCGAGCUCUUGUUCCAAGAAUGGCACUGGAUGAGCUGUUUGAACAGAAGGGUGAGGUCGCUAAAGCUGUCUUAGAGGAACUUGAGAAGGUUAUGGGAGCAUAUGGAUAUAACAUAGAGCACAUACUGAUGGUUGACAUUAUACCUGAUCCCUCUGUGCGCAAGGCAAUGAAUGAGAUAAAUGCAGCUCAGAGGCUCCAGCUUGCUAGUGUCUACAAAGGAGAAGCUGAGAAGGUGCUCCAAGUCAAAAGAGCUGAAGCUGAAGCUGAGUCCAAGUACCUGGGUGGGGUUGGUGUUGCCAAGCAGAGGCAGGCAAUCACAGACGGUUUGAGAGAAAACAUCCUAAACUUCUCUCACAAAGUGGAAGGUACCUCAGCUAAGGAGGUGAUGGACCUUAUCAUGAUCACACAGUAUUUUGAUACGAUCAAGGACCUUGGGAACUCCUCAAAGAACACUACUGUUUUUAUACCCCAUGGCCCUGGUCAUGUUAGGGAUAUCACUGAUCAGAUAAGAAACGGGCUGAUGGAGGCAGCUAGUGCUGAGGCAAAUAUUCAGUAAAAAUGUUCAUUGCUAAUAUAAAGAGAAGACAGCCAGAGGAAGUUGUUAAUACAGUUUCAUGAGGUGAUAAAGUUGCAGUGGUUAGACUGUAAAUAAAGGUUUUUUAAGAUGACCAGAAUGAUAUUUUCCAUCAUCUUUUCUUUUUUGGAUAGAUAUUCACCAUCAUCUUUUGAUGAGCAGGUUCUCCCGUGUUUGACAAUAUAGUUUUCGUCCAUUGGCAUUUAUCCUCAUGUAAGAAUGUUUCGUAUCAUUCUAUUUCAUCUGUUCUUUGCUUUGUUGGUCCAUAAUGAUUUUCUAUUGCUUCUUCAAUUAUCAAUCUCCUGUUUACCUACUCCUC